GAAAAAGAGUGUGUGAUAGAGAGAGAGAGAGAGAAAUGGAGAAUUAUUUGAUUCCUGGAUUUAGGUUUUACCCAACUGAAGAAGAAUUGAUUUCAUUUUAUUUGCAAAAGAAGCUUGAAGACGAUGGAAGUGAUGAUUUGAAACAAUUGAUGGAUCAAAUCGUACCUAUUUUGGAUAUUUAUGACUUCAAUCCUUGGGAUCUUCCACAGUAUGCUGGAGAAGUGUGUCAGAGAGAUGAAGAGCAAUGGUUUUACUUCAUACCAAGGCAAGAGAGUGAAGCAAGAGGAGGAAGACCAAAGAGAUUAACAAGCAAUGGAUAUUGGAAAGCAACAGGUUCUCCAAGCCAUGUUUAUUGUUCAAACAAUAAAAGCAUUGGAGUUAAAAGAACUAUGGUUUUCUACAAGGGAAGAGCUCCCAAUGGAACCAAAACUGAAUGGAAGAUGAAUGAAUAUAAAGCCAUUGUUCAUCAUGGUUUCAUCAACGAUAGUCAACCAGAACAUCACUCAGCUUCUGAUCCUAAUCCUUCUUCCUUUGACACCACUCCUACUAUCCGACUGAGACAAGAGUUCAGUUUGUGUAGAAUCUACAAGAAAUCCAAAACGUUUCGGUCAUUUGAUCGACGACCACGACCUCACGAACCGAGGACGAUGGUUCAGUUCGCCCUAAGCACUCAAGCAGCGACGACUGAGCCAUCGAGUUUCACCAAUGAGCCUAACCCGGUUACCUCAACCGCUCCGUUAACAGCAACAAUAAGCUCACUGGGCAGCUCUUCUUCAGGCGACCGAGUCGGGAAGUCUUCCCGAACGACAGCAGAGACCAGUAAUGUUAAUAAUGAGGUGAAGCUUGUAGUGCCUAUGGAGGCUGCUUAUGAGCCGAUGUGGGAUUGGGAGCAGUUGAAUUGGUUCUGAAAAAAAUGACUAUAUAUUAUGGUAUGGUUUUAUAUAAGCAUAUUAAAAAUAACAUAAAGGUAGCUGCUGAAGUAAAUAUAAUUUUCAAUUUAGAAUUGUGUGUUUUCUAUCCUUAAUACCACAAA